AGGAUUUUUUUGUGUUCCAAAUUGUUUGUGUUACAGUCUCUCUGACAAAACAUGUUAUGCUAUUUAAUUUUAAGCCGUUUCACUUUGCAUUGAGAAGAUGGCUCAACAAGUAUAUUUUUGGCUAGAUACUUGUACUUCUAAAUGAGUUUAAAUUUUGAAUACUUUUUACACCCCUGAUUAUUACACCUUUCUCAUUAGACUGAAUAACUCUUUUUUUUUGUGGUUCUUUUAAUUAUCCUUUGGUUUCUAGGGGGUGUCCCCCUCGGUAGAAAUCACAUCUGAGACCCCACUCCCUUGUCGGGGCCCUUACAGUAUAAUCCUUAACUUCCCCCGUUACGGCAUCCCUGCUCUUUGUAGAGGAAUAUUAAAAGUGGAACCAAUUUCUUUAAUGCCUUAAGUUAAAAUAGCUAAAUAAAUAAUAUUGUUAUCCCUUUUGAUGUAGGUUAUUCCUCACCUCAGGACCACCAUUAUUAUCUAUGCAUUCUAUUAAAUUCUUUGGACUCUAUUACUUUCUUUUGUGUUCAUUUUUCCAGUUUGUUUAUUUCUAAUUUUAUUUAAUUUUUUCUGGUAUAUGCAUUUAAGGUUAAUUUCUGCAUCGCUCCCCUCCUCUUCCCUGCUGCUCUCAUUUCCACAUACUGCCUUUUUUGCAUCACUCCCACAAUUCGUAUCGGUUACGUUUCUGUGGAUUUUGUCUCUCUUUCAAUCAUGGUUCUCAAACCACUUUGCUCAUUAUAGCAUUUGGCGCAUUGAUGACUUUGUUCACCAAUUUGUAUUGAGUCCCAUCCAUUUCCCCACUCUCUCCUAUCUCUUUCUCUCUCCCCCUUUUUCACCCUGUACCCUCCCUUCAUUUCAAGAUCCUGUUUCAAGACAAUCGAAUCAUUAGGAGACACCUAACACUCAACAUUAUCCUAGACUGAUAGACAUCUUCAAAUACUCCCUUACUCUCAUUUGAUUUGGUCCUCUGUCAUGUUUUACUCCUACAUCGUGUGUGUUUUUUCGGGGAAGCGACUCCCAGAUGUAUUGUACUUAUAGAGUGCGGUAACCACAGGUUAAUGGUUGCUCUCUUAGCCAUGUCAAGAAAUGUUACCUCUCAAUUGUGGUUAAAGUGUGUGAUGUGUUAGUGCUUGUUGUGGGAUGCAUCCUAAUGGCUUUUUUUCCAUCUGCCUAAUUGGAAUUAGAGUUAGUGACACUCUCAUCCAGCUCUUUGUAAAAGAACAGCUUGAUGUAUCAGUGUUAGAAGGUCUUUUUCUCUCUCUUAGAGCUUUCUUCAUGUGCAUGGGGCUGUCACGGUGGUCAUGAUAUAAUGUGCAUGACACUAGCCAAGAUUCACCUACUCCAGACCUCUCACACACUGAACAUCUAGCAUAUUCCUGCACUGCUAACACCCUGCAUCUGAUUCGGUUGUUUUGACAUGGAUACUAUAUGGACUUUACAGUACAGAGACAUUAGGAACAUUCUUUUGGGACUAAGGCAUAACUUUGAUUUGUGAUUUUGGUUUGGUUUUGAUUUUGUAAUUUGUUUUUAGCACUUUUAUAUGUUGCUGGGUUAGAAAGCAUCUGCUAAGAGUGUAACGUGUAAAUUUGAUAUCUGAGGAAAUGACAGAAUAACUGAAGGAGGAAGAAUGAAGAAAGAGGGAGGAGAAGGGGAGGGACUAGAAGGGAGAGAGAAGGGGUCUUUUAUGAAAGCAUCUUCUCUCAAGACGUGGAGACUUUUUAUCAGGUAAACAAAUAAGGAAGAUUAUUGAAGAGCUUUUGGGACUUUUAUUGACAAUCCAUAGGUUUUAGAUUAUAAAAACACAGGAUCAAGUAUUUGGACGGAUAUAUCUGAACCAUCUACACUAUAUUUCUAACUAGUCUUUCACAUGAAUACAUUAAUACACCCAGAGGCUAAUUUUUUUUUCUGAAUGCAGCAGUGUUCUGAAAAAAUGGCGAACUGCAUAACAGAUUUCUUUACCUAUGAGACGACCAAGUCCGUGGUGGUAAAGAGCUGGACUAUUGGCAUCAUAAACCGUGUCGUCCAACUCCUCAUCAUCAUAUACUUCAUUGGCUGGGUGUUUUUGUAUGAGAAAGCAUAUCAAGUGAGAGACACAGCUAUCGAGUCAUCUGUCAUGACUAAAGUGAAGGGGUUUGGAGAGUAUAACAAACGGAUCAUGGAUGUAGCCGAUUAUGUCACACCUACUCAAGGGGCAUCAGUGUUCUGCAUCAUCACUAAGCUCAUCACAACAGAAAAUCAAGUUCCAGGAUAUUGUCCAGAGACUGAUGUGAAAUCCAUAUGUACGAAUGACACUACUUGUAAGUCGAAGAUGUCAAAACCAUCUAGCAAUGGGUUGCUUACAGGACGUUGUGUGGACUUCAACGUUACCCACAAAACCUGUGAGAUCAAAGGAUGGUGUCCUGCAGAGGUUGAUGAUGUUCAGCCGGACCCCAUGAAGGAGGUGGAGAACUUUACCAUCUUCAUCAAGAACAGCAUUCGCUUCCCACGUUUUAACUUCACAAAGGGAAAUUUCUUGCCUAACAUCAAAAGUUCCUACAUAAAGAAGUGUAAUUUUGACUUUGAGACUAACAUGUAUUGUCCAAUAUUCAAAGUGGGAGAUGUCAUCCGAUUUGCACAACAGAACUUUACUACUCUUGCUACAAAAGGGGGAGUGUUAGGGAUAAAAAUAGCAUGGGUGUGUGAUUUAGACAAGGCAGAAGAUGAGUGUAAGCCAGCCUACUCCUUCACUCGCCUGGACGCCAUGUCAGAGAAGACCAGUGUGUCUCCAGGAUACAACUUCAGGUACGCUAAGUAUUUUAAAACAGAGAACGGAACCGAGUAUCGCACUCUGCUGAAGGCCUACGCCAUCAGAUUUGAUGUGCUGGUUAAUGGAGACGCGGGAAAAUUUGACAUGAUCCCAACUCUGAUCAACAUGGUUACUGCCUUCACCUCUGUUGGUGUGGGUACAGUGCUUUGUGACAUCAUUCUGUUGAACUUCUUGAAAGGAGCUGACCAAUACAAGGCCAAGAAAUUCGAAGAGGUAUCAGAUUCAAAUAUUCAGAGCAAUAUUUCAUUUUACAGGACCAGAGACCAAAGCCAGAAUUCAAUCAAAACUCAGGAGAAGUACUUCAAAGACUCCGGAGCAUUUUCCAUUGAUCGUUAUAGUUAAUAGUUCACAGCACUUGGGGAAGGAUUGAAAAAAAAGAUCUUCAUUCCAGUCAAAAUCUUUAUCAUUUUUGCCACUAAUCCUAGAUCCUUCCACAAAGAACAAUCUAGACCAAUAAACACACAUAAAAUGGUUCAGUCACCUGAACUUUCCCCCCUAAUUUUACAUUUAACUAGAUUAUUUUGAUUAUAACCAUGGUCCCGAUCUUACGUAAACAUUUCAAAAUCAAAAUCAAUCAGUCAAAAUGUAUUAUUUGCCUGACUGAUCAAAAAUAUGACUAUAUUUUGUAAAUAAUAGUAUUAAAUAGUAAGUAAAUACUCAAAUUCUGCUAUGUAUGCUCAUAGUGUUUGCAUGGGAUUGAUUAGCAUAGUUACAAAUGUUUAAUAUUUCAUGUGAUUGUAUAGCAGUGUGUGUGUGUGUAUGUGUGUGUGUGUGUGUGUGUGUGUGUGCGUGUGUGUGUGUGUGUGUGUGUGUGUGUGUGUGUGAAUAUGUUGUUUAUUGUUAGACCUUUGGCCAAGUGUGGAUGGUAACAUUGCAUGAUCAGAUCUUUCUGAAUUAUUACAAGUUGUUAAUAAUUUGUUUAUACUACAACUUUUUCCAUUAAAUUGCUUGUAAACUUUGAUGCAGGUUAUGUGGAGGCUCAGGGCAAUAAAAACAAAUGUACAUUUACUUGUCAUAUAUAAUAUAAAUGAAUUGUUCUCUGAACCUGUUAUUUAUGACAGAAAAACAGGACAAUAUAUCACUUUCAAUAACUGAGAAUUCAAUUUUGGAGUAAAAAAAGAUGCAUGGUAAACAUUAUAAUGGCUAACAUUACUAAAAGCAUUUGGUUCGUGGUGUGAAGUCUGCUGAAUAAGUAUCACAGCUCGUGCAGUAAGCAAAAGUGAGAAGUUGAAGGAGUUGUAAAAAACCUGAACAUCAUAACAGUAUUUUACAUAAGGAGAAAUAUGAUUUAACUAAGCUGAAAGAGAAAUAAUCAGCUCUGCAGUCAUUUUCUAAUAGAAACAACCAUCUCAGACUUUCAUGACAUUACCAGUUUGUGUCAGACAAACAGUGCAGGCACUCAGCUUCUGAUUGCCAUCAUCUGUAGUUUGCAAUGUGAAAAGUAGAAGUUAAAAUGUUAAGAGAUCAGCAACUGUGUCUGUAACCACACGGGACAGUGGUAUAACCGUCUAGUGUGAUAAAAGAACAGCUUUCUUAAGUUGAACAGUUAUAAUAGGUUAAAAGUGUUUGUCCAACAUGAACAAAGUAAUGCAUUCACAUGUCUAAACUUAGCUACAGAUCAUUUGUAUUAAUCAUAUACCUUCAUUUUUAAUGAAAAUGUAUAGAGCUUCCAUGUUAAACUCCAUUAAACACACUGGAGGCUGAAUUAGAGACAUAAUUAUUUUAGCAUCGUUGAGAUUCUGUCA